AGCCGCCCGCCAGGAUGAGCUUCAACGUGGGCUGCGUGCACCUGCUAGCCGGGGACCCGGAAGCCGCGCUGCGGCCCCCAGGUUUAUUACGGUGGUGCACGUUUCACGGGUGACAACAAAAAGCCAGGAGCACACCGAAUCCCCCUCGGAAAGAGCCAGGUGCCCGCGUUGUUCAGGCCAUCAGUGACAGCUGCCGAAAACGUGUUCAAGGGACCUACCCUGUCAUUCUUCACAUCUGUGUAUGAAUCUACAGUUAUCUCAGCAGCAAUGUCAGUGUUAAAAUGUUAUCCAACAAGGGGGGUGCGAUCACCGGACACCAUGGAAUCAGCAGUGUGAGGCCAAUCCAGUCACCACUUCCUCUAAACUGUGAUUUAACCAGAGGGAGGGGACAAAAGUUCUGCGCAGAGGGGUGUGAGUGUUAAAUUCUCCUCCACCCUAACCGCAGACGGAGUAGCAGAGGCAUGUUUUUUGGAAAUUUUUUUAAAAGCAGAUGGAACGGCUACAAUUAAUAAAACUGGUUGUCUCCGAGGACCUGGACAGGGUGAGAAGGGUGUAGCUGGGAAUGCAAUCUGUUGCCCUACGGAAGCUUCGAUUUCGCUGCUCUGUGUGGCAGGACAACAAACGGGUUUCCCUAGUGCUGAGGGGCCACAUCAGUACUGUGUGCGGACCCUCAACCUCGGGUCAAACUCACUUCAACAAGCCCCCCACUUGGCCAUGACACCGAUCCAGAUGAGAAGUGCGUCAAUUUGUACGAACUACCAAAACUAGGAUUUAAAAAAGACAAAAACCUUGCAUAACUCCCUCCCCCGAAGGCAUUUGACCAGGCAGUGACCAAGGAUGCCUGCAUGGCUGUCGGCUUCUUCCAGCGAGGAGUGGCCAACUUCCAGCUGGGGAGGUUCCGGGAGGCCCUGUCCGACUUCCAGCGGACCCUGGCACAGCUGAGGGGCAACGCCGCCAUCGACUACACCCAGCUGGGCCUGCGGUUCAAGCUGCAGGCCUGGGAGGUGCUCUUCAGCGUGGCUGCAGUGCAGAGCCAGCUGGGGCUCUGGGCAGAGGCCACCCACAGCCUAGAGGAAGCCAUCUCCAAGGGGCCGGAAGGGGCCCGCGAUGACCUGGACAUCGCCCUGGGCCAAGUGCAGAAACAGGCCCCCCUGCAGCCUCGGCAGGUCCCCAGGGGUGAGGUCUUCCGGCCGCACAGGCGGCACCUGGAGCACCUGGAGCCUGUGGAUUUCUUGGGCAAGGCCAAGGUGGUGGCCUCCGCCAUCCCUGAUGGCCCGCACGGGGAUGCCCGGCCUCAGCAGCCACAGGUGGGUGGGCAGCCUUCCAGCCACCUGACUUCUCCUCUGACGUUUUGCAGGCUCUCUACGCGCGUGAUGAAGCCAGGCCUGGGGCUGCCGAACGGGCCCGUGACACAGGCCCCUCCAGACCUGGUACCCGCUGUGGCCCCAGGACGCCCCUUGAUGCGGAGAUGGAGGUCACCUCUGGCCAGGCUGGGCGGGCUGACCAUAGCACACUGGUCACCAAUGAUGAGCAGGCUGUCUUGCAGGCCAUGCUCCUCACCACUGGCUCUGCUUGGACAGUGUCUGGGCACCGCCCCCGACGAGCUCCAGGCCCAGGGAAAGCUACCUCUACCCUCAGGGCCCCACCCCGGCCUCAACCCCACCCCGGCCCGGCAGAGCCCCAGCCUGUGGCUUUCCUUGCAGAAGCCUCACGUGGAGCAAGUUGGCCAGUGGGUCCCUCCAGGGCUGGUGGUGGCUGGGGGGCCGGGCCCUGGCUCCUCUGAGGAUCCUGCAGGCGCUGGGGGUGUGGCUGCAGGGGGCCCCGAGUCCUUGGUGACCUUCACAGUGCAGUGUACCUUCACCCUGGCCCUGAGGGCCCCAAGAGGAGCUGACCUGUCCAGCCUGCGGGCCCUGAUGAGCCAGGCCCUCCCUCCCCAGGCCCAGAGUGGGCAGCUCAGUUACCGAGACCCUAGUGACAGCAGGGGCUGGGUGCCCCUCACCGGGGAGGAGGCACUGCAGAGGGCCUGGCGGGGCGCGGCUGCCGGCUCUGGGGAGCUGCGGCUACGGUGCCAGGGAGUGGGCGGCCGGCCUGUCCUCUACCAGGUGGUGGCCCGGCACGGCUACUCUGCCCAGGGGCCCGAGGACCUGGCCCUGCAGCCCGGAGACACGGUGGACGUCUUGUGCGAAGUGGACCAGGCGUGGCUGGAGGGCCACUGUGACGGCCGCGUCGGGAUUUUCCCCAAGUGCUUCGUGGUCCCGGCCGGCCGGCGCACAUGAGGAGCUUGGCGCUAAGAAGUCCGUGGCAAGGAGGGUUUAAUAAAGGCGAUCUGCCCCCACCAAGGUGUGGUCCGUCUUCUGGGCUUGGCCACUGAGGGGACCUGACUGAGGCUUCUGAGGGUGUGG